AUGACCUCGGCGGCGGGUGGCGUCGUGCCGGCGCCCGCCGUGAAGCCACAUGCCCCCCUCUCGAAGCUCCCAAAUGCGGCGCGAUCGAAGAAGGGCAAGGCAUCGGCGAAGAAGAACAAGGCGGCGGACGGCUCCGACUCCUCGAAACCGUCGAGGAAGAAGCUUGCAGGGCGUGCGACGGGCGCGGCGGCUACCGAAGCGCCGGCGAGCUCACUUGUUGAGCCGGCGGCCAACGCGCACAAGGUGAUCGAGGAAAGGCCCCAAAGUGUCAACGAUGAGGCAUAUAUGUCAACUAUGGGUGUUGGCUCCAACAAUUCACAUUGGUCUCAAACCAAUGACAUGCAUUUCGAUAACCAUGAGUUCGAGGUGGACGAGGAUGGAGAGGAGAAGAAGACCAAGAAGGGGAAGAUCAAGAAAGGAAGACCAUUUACCUUGCCUCAUUGCUAUGAAGAAUUGAAGGAUGAUGAGAAAUGGAAGAAGCGUGAUGAUUUGGAUUUGAGCAACAAACGCAAGCGAACAAUUGAUUUGGAUGAUGAUGAUGAUGAGGAGGCAUCAAGUAAUGACGGCAAGAGAAGCCCCACACCAAACUCGGUUUCAUACUCGAAGCCAAAACGACCGGAUGGGACCAAGAAAGACGCAAAAGAAAAGAAGAGGAAAGGAUAUGAUGAGCUAAAAAAUGCUAUGGAAGCUAUUGUGAAGGCAAGAAAAGAAGCCAACGAGGUGAGGAAGAUGGCAAGGAACCAAGAUGCCGCGGCCGAGGAGAGAAGGAUUGCGGCCGAGGAGAGGAGGGUGGCGGCCGAGGAGAGGAAGGUGGCAUUGGAGGAGAGGAAGGUGGGCAUGGAGGAGCGAUCUAGAUUGUUGGAAUGGCAGAAGCACUUGUUCUUCUUGGACACAUCUAUCCUCAAUGAGGCGCAAAAGAAGUAUGUCAAUCUUGCCCGUGAAGAAGUCUUGAUCCAAAAAAGAGCCAUGAUUCGGGCCAUGGGUGGUGGUGACCUUGGCGGCAUGGGUGGUGGUGGCCUAGGCGGCAUGGGAGGCAUCGGUGGCUUUGGAGCUACCAUGGGCGGCAUGGGUGCCAUGGGUGGCUUUGGAGCUACCAUGGAGACCAUGGGAGGCAUGGGUGGCUUCGGAGCACCUCCGGGCGGCAUGGCCGGCAUGGGAGGCAUGAGUUUUGCGUCUCUCAUGGGAGGCAUGGGUGCACCUCCGGGCGCCAUGGGCGGAAUGUCUUCCGGUGUGCCUCACACACCUUCACAUGAAGAUGUCGUUGAAAAUCUUGCCAACACCUUCCGAGCUUCACAUGAUGAUGCGGCGCGCGACAAUGAAGAGGAGGAGGAAGAAUCGUCUUCGGAGGAGUCGGAUGAAUCGGAUUAA